AUGGGCCCUCGACCAGAGCGUCCAGUGAUCACCGUACAGUCUGAGCGAACCGACAGCCCGUCGAGUACUCAUGUGUCUGCUGAACGACGUGAUAGCGACGCCUCCUCGAGAACUCAAAACCAUCCAAAGCCCGAACGUCCUCCACUCCGUGUAUCUGCUUCUCAUUUGCCUAACUUGCGAAUAUCACAGGCGUCUAUACUUGACGGCGUUUUGGAUACAUCGUCUAUUUUCAGUACCAAGCUUUCAACACCCAUACUCGAUACACAUCCCAAUCUCAAUGCUGGGAUGCAGAGUCGCCGAGUGCCACAUAGAGAAGGGCAGCCACUGGAUCCCUCGGAAAAGAAAUCUACAAAUAUACCUGCCCAUCUCAAACGCCGGGUUAUCAGCAAAGAGUUCUGGAUGAAGGAUGAAAACGCUCGUGAUUGCUUUUACUGUGGUGAUCCCUUCUCGACAUUUCGCAGAAAACAUCAUUGCAGAACAUGCGGCCAGAUUUUUGACGCAAAGUGUACCGUGACUGUUCAAGGCAAGCCAUUUGGACAGUCAGGUACACUCAGGUUAUGCAAGCCCUGCGACGCCAUGAUCUAUGGCAGUGAUGAUGAUUCGACAGUCUUUACCGAUGAAGACGAGCCCAUGAGAUCUCCAAUCUCUGCUUCUCACUCGCAGGACCAAGACAUUUUCAAACCAGAUGAGCCAGCUCUUGCAACACCAUCAAUCGGCAUCCCGGUGUCAAGAAGGAAUAGGGAGGCCAAAAGACGUUCUGCUGUCAUCGAGUUUGAUAUGCAGCCUACAUUGGCUCGUCCGAGUUCAUCUCGUUCACUAAAGUCCAUGACAGGAAGACCGCACUCUUCAAGUCACAAGCGUCACCACUCUCGCCAUCAGUCCGUGCGUCCUCUGAAGACUCCUGCGGAGGAGCGAGGGCCGUUCUACCAAAAUGUUGCUGAAACACAACGAAGGCCAUUCACUGCCUUUCACAAUGAUAACAUCAUUGAUCCCGAUUUAGCUCCUUUUCUGUCUGACGAUGGGUCUGAUGCGGACGAUCAGCCUAGUAUCUAUACCACCAUCAGUGACGCUCCUGUACCCUCUUCGAUGGACAACGAAAGGGCUGGAUUCACAAGCUUGUUAGCUUCAGCAGUAAAGAAAGGUCGCUCACGGAGGGGUGAUAGAAGUGCGGGUGGUCACAGCUUACGUGCCUCGCGUGACCUGGAGCAUUUCAUGUUUGCUUCUAAGCAUCUUCCGAAGAUGCGGAAACAGUGCAAUCCGAGUAUCGGAAGUGUUGGCAUAUCGCGUCCAUCUCCCCGCAGGAGUCGUAGUCAGAACAUGAUGAAGACUUUCGAGGCUGGAGCGAACGAUCCUUCUGUUUUUGACAUUUUCAAUCCUGUCCUUGCGGAUCAAGCUCAGGUCAAAAGAAGUUCUGGUAUGCAUGGUCUGAACGCUCCUGCGGUCGAGCUCAACAGAGCCAGUCUACAACAUGUGGAGCGCCUCUUAACUCAGCUGCUCAAAGAGUCCGCAAUUCCUCGACGUCGACACUGGCAGAAGGCGCUGAUGCCCAUCCUCUUGCAAUGUCCCAACGAUGUUGAUCCCGAUGUCCAGAACGGCGACGAUAUGGACAUUAGGAAUUAUAUCAAGAUCAAGAAAGUGCCUGGAGGUAAACCCGGCGAUACUUCAUAUGUCUCCGGAGUCGUCUUCAGCAAGAACAUUGCAUUGAAAGGUAUGCGUCGAAGCUUUGUCCGCCCUCGCAUCGUGGUAAUAUCGUUUGCUAUUGAAUAUGCCCGCCAUAAUCACCAUUUUAUGAGCCUGGAACCCGUCAUUGCUCAAGAGCGAGAAUAUUUGCGCAAUCUUGUGGGCCGAAUUGUUGCACUGAAACCGCAAAUUUUGUUGGUCCAGCGAAAUGUGUCGGGUUUAGCUCUCAAUAUGUUGCAAGAGGCAGGUAUUACUGUGGUUUACAACAUCAAGGAAUCGGUACUUGCUGCCGUUGCCCGAAUGACACAAACCGUCUUGAUCAAGUCAAUAGACAAGCUGUCAAUCGACCCUUCCGGACUGGGACAGUGUUCUAACUUCGAUGUCAAGACAUAUGUCCACGGAAACAUCAGAAAGACCUAUAUCUGGAUAUCUGGCUGUCAACCUGAUCUUGGCUGCACCAUUGUCUUGCGGGGCGCAGAGAUGGAAACUCUUCGUCAGAUCAAACGGAUCACAGAAUUCAUGUGCUACGUUGUUUACAAUUUGAAACUCGAGACUUGUCUCAUGAGGGACGAAUUCGUGUUGAUUCCUUCUUCAAUUAGCACUGCCAAGUCAACUCCUCCCGAUAACAGCGAUGAUCAAGAUGCCGAAUCCAUGCCAUCGCAGUAUAGAGAACUAAUUGAGACAGCACGGACUCGACUGAUCUCAUCAUCACCUUUUGUCAAGUUUCCCGAGCCAGUCCUUCUUGCUAAGGUUCAAGACCAAGAACGAAGAGUUGAGCAGACAAAACGACUUCGAGACCGCUACGAUGCCUUUGAGAUCGAGCACGACCACCACGAGAAUGCGCGGGAAAGCAAAGAGGAGGACAUUGCUCAGGAAGAGAAGUUCCAAUUGGUCAUGCCGGAGAUGAUCUCCAAAGCUGUUCCUGCAGAUCAAAGCAAAUCCACUCGAAAGUUCCUUCGAGACAUACAUGAUGCGCAAUAUCAAAUGGCUCUACAUGAGUAUGGCAUCAAGAAACGCCAAUGGGAAUCCUUCUUCUCAAUCAGUAACAACAACCCCUUUAACCCAUUCAGCCACCAGAACAUCUUUGUUUUACACUCCCUCGUUAGCAACGCCUUGUCUGCACCUUGUGCUGGUCCCGAAGUUCUAGGCCUCUCGUUCUAUGCUGGUUGGGGAAACGCUGAAUUGGGACUGGAAGAAGACCUUACUCUUGGUCAGUUCAUCGAGGAGACUUGUGCAUCUGCAUCCACCGCGUGCAAGCAAUGCAGUCACCGUAUGUUUGAUCACCAUCGCCAGUACGUUCAUGGCGGCGGCCAGAUCAGUGUCUCUGUCAAACGCUUCCCGUCCAAGUUUCAAAAUCUUCACAACACAAUCCUCAUGUGGUCGACUUGCAAGAUAUGCCAACAGGAGACCACGUGGAUACCAAUGUCAGACAAUACCUGGAAGUAUUCUUUCGGCAAGUACUUGGAGCUCAGUUUCUGGAGUACACCAUUGAAACCAAGAGCAGGUGUAUGUCCACAUGAUAUACACAAAGACUUUGUUAGAUGUUUCGCGUUCCAAGGCCUCGCUGUUCGCAUCCAGUGGGAUAAUAUCGAUUUGUACGACGUCUUGGUACCGACGCCAACAAUCAACUGGGAGGUCAAUUCUGGACUCGAGCUCAAGAAUCAGCUCUAUUUGCACUUCCAAGCGCGUCUAUCAGCUUUCAUCGCAUCCAUUAGAGUUCGCCUGGAUUCUAUCAAUCUCUCAACUGUCGCACCGGAAAAGCAAGCCGACGCCUCAGCAACCUUAGAAAAGCUGUCACAGAGAGUAGAUAGCGACCACGAGACACUGUUGCAAAAACUCCAAGACAAGUACAUGGCUUCCAAAUUUUAUGAGAUCAUUCCUCUCAAUCGAGCAGUCCGAAUGAUGGACGAGAAGGCGCUUGCUUGGGACGACGAGUUUAAUGACUUCGAGACCAAGUUCUUCCCAUCUGAGCAUGAUAUCAGAAGACUGGCUACGCUUCAGCUGAAGAAAUUAUUCCUCGACCGAGGAGAAGCGGCCGGAAGCUCUCACUAUGAUCUGGGUGAUGCCGACGAGGGCAUGGAGAUGAAAGAAAGACCGUCUUCAGGAAUGGGCCUUACUGAUGAAGAUCUUCAAUCGGAGAAGGCUCAGCACAUGCUCACAGCUGUCGUUGAAGAACACGGUCACUCAAAAUCCGACACAGGUACAACCAUCGACUCUCUCGACUCGAGAAACCAAAGUAUCGAAGUUCCAGACAAUCUGAGACUCUCCAAACAACUGUCGCCAAGCGAAAUAGAGCAGGCUGUUGAGAGGGAGGAUGUUAAACAUCUUGACCUCGCUGUCCCAGUAGCCUUCUCCGAACCUCCGGCGGAUCAAGAAACUCCGCGAGCUGAAAAUGGUCCACAAGAAGGAGAAACUGCCGAGUCGAAAUCUCCCGAGACGCCCAUGGUUGAUCCGAAACCCCUGAACUCCAGUAUACUCGAACGUAUCGAACAGAUGCGUUCUGCCGCAGCAGCAGCAACCAGUCCUGAAGGAGGCAUGCCUGAGUCAAAGAUCCCACGUCUUGUGCGCACUCGAGGACCUAUAUCUCCACCACUUGCUCGAACCCAAUCGCAACCCGAUGGAAUCCCAAAGAGGACCGUAGAGCCUUCAUCAGAUUUGCCAACAAUCCACUCCAUUGCCAGUGGCGAAAGUUCAGGCACCACCACACCAACUCCCGGGAAACAACAGAAUAAAGAUCUUGCCAAAUCUAUCGAGCUCCGAUUGAGUGAUCGUUUGGGAGGCGGCUAUAUCAAAAGUGGAAGAGCACAACAGUCCUUGAUACCAAGGUCUGUGCCAAGCAAGACCUUUGACAACAAUACUCGCGUAUCAGCGCUGGCCAAACAUUUCGAACAGCUGUCUCGUGAGUUUGAGAGAGAAAGAGCACGUGAGCGUAGACAGCGAGCGGCUCGUCGAAGGCAAGUCCGCGCCAACCCUUUGGCUAGCAGUAAACCUGUUGUUGAGGUUUAUCGCGAUGCUCGCGAAGCUGUUGGUGAGAAGACAGAGCCCGAGAACGUUAAUCCUCCCAUGGACGAGUCAAACGAAACAUCGGACUUGCCAAUGGAAGAAGUACCUGAUCCAGAUUCAGAGGCUGUCCAAAACCCUCACGACGUUGAUGACGCUACGGAUAAUGAAACUGCAGAAUCUACCACUGGCCACACAGAUACCGAUGUUGAAGGUGACACAACCGACAACGAGAUACACCCGCCAUACAAACCUGGUCACUCGGAUCUUGGAUCAACCUCCGGUAAUGGAUCUGCUGCGUCUCCUCAUGGUGCAGAUUCACAUCUGGAAAUGACAUUACCGAGACAUGAGAAGCAUUCCCUUAUGAAGAUGCUCACAAGCUUCUGGUCUGAACGCUCAUCAUCAGGCUGGAAAUCACUCGACUACCCUCUUCACGCCAACGAGCACGUCUUUGAUGAUAGCGACAUCAUCGUACGUGAAGACGAGCCUGCUUCAGUUAUCGCUCUUGCGCUUUCUUCUAUAGACUACACUGCCAAACUCAAAGAAUUCCGCGGUAAUCCAAACACUGGCUUCCAUGGGCAUCACGGUCACACUGAAUCACAAUCCAGCUUUAACUUUGCGGCAGACAUCAGUAGUAAUGAUGCCAGCCAACAAUCAGCCAUCGAGGCGAGUUUGAUCAGCGAGACAGGAACACACAUGAAAUACAGCUUCAGCCACAAUAACGUUCGCGCGACCUGUAAAAUCUUUUACGCCGAAUCCUUUGAUGCUCUGCGAAGAAAAUGUGGUGUCAGCGAACGAUUCGUCGAGUCUUUGUCGCGAUGCGCAAAAUGGGACUCCAAAGGCGGAAAGACCAAAUCACUUUUCUUGAAGACGCUGGACGAUCGCUUCGUCAUCAAAUCGCUACAGGAAGUCGAGCUCAAAGCUUUUACCAAGUUCGCGCCUGACUAUUUCGCUUUCUGCGCACAAAGCUUGUUCCACGGCGUUCCUUCCGUAAUUGCGAAGAUGUUUGGCUUGUUCCAAGUUGAGUUGCGCAACCCAUCCAACGGCGUCGAGUUCUCUUCUUACCUUCUUGUCAUGGAGAACUUGUUCUACAGCCGCAACCCUACCCGAAAGUUUGACUUGAAAGGCAGUAUGCGCAAUCGCAAGAUUGAGAGUACUGGAUUACCUGAUGAAGUCCUCUUGGAUGAAAAUCUCGUCGAGACAAUUUUCGAGAAGCCUCUGUUCGUCAGAGAGCAUGCUCGAAAGUUGCUCAAGGCCAGUGUGUGGAACGAUACAAUGUGGCUGUGCAGACAGAAUGUUAUGGACUAUUCUCUGAUGGCCGGCUUCGACGACGAGAAGAAGGAGUUGGUUGUCGGUAUCAUUGAUUGCAUCAGAACAUACACCUGGGACAAGAAACUCGAAUCCUGGAUCAAAGACCGCGGCAAGAACAAGCCAACAAUCACUUCUCCCAAAGACUAUCGCAACCGCUUUAGAGUGAGCAUGAUGCAAUACGUCUUGCAAGCACCUACCGUAUGGCACUCUUUCCUCGCGCCAGGUCUGCCUGUCACUGGUGUGACCUUCAAUGCCGCAGGAGGAGUCGAAGUCUCAAGAAACGGCACUGUGACUGCAGCGGUGAUGGCAAAUGCAGAAGGCAGAAGUGUCGCUGGCAGUUGGGAGGAGAGGAGUACAGUAGACGAGGAUCGCAGGCUUGCACUUACAGAGGGUCAGGUGUUGGAUGAUGCGACCAUUAGGGAGAUGUCGACCAUGUCGUUUGUCUAA